AUGGCGGGAAUCACGUAUCAAGAUUAUGAGGAUCCUAUGAUUGCAAGAAUUAAAGGAGUCAGUGUCACUUUUGGGAAAAUUCCAAAUGGCUUUGCAAUUAUUGAUUUGUCAGAAAACAAAUUUGAAGGAGAGAUUCCAGAUGUGUUUGGAGAGCUUCAAGCACUCAUAAGCCUCAACCUUUCACAUAACAGCCUCAUUGGUCCUAUUCCUCGCUCUCUGGGAAAUUUGACAAACCUCGAAUCAUUUGACCUCUCCUCAAAUAUGUUUGAUGGGAAAAUUCCUGCUGAACUGACCAAUAUGAACUUUCUAGCAUUCUUGAAUCUUUCCAACAAUCAUCUCGAGGGAUCAAUACCUAGAGGAGGACAAUUUAAUACAUUUUCAAACAAUUCUUAUGAGGAAAACUUGGGGCUAUCUGGAUUGCCAUUGUCAGUUCAAUGCAAUAAUGAUGUCCCUCAACAACAAUGUCCAUCUUCUGAGGUUGAAGACAAAUUUGGGUUUGGAUGGAAACCAGUGGCAAUAGGAUAUGCAUGUGGAAUGGUACUUGGAAUUGGCUUGGGAUGUUGUGUUUUCUCAAUUGGAAAGCCUCAAUGGCUUGUGAUCAUCUUUGAAGGCAAAAGAAUGAAAAAAGAGAAGCCGUAG